AUGGUGAAUACUCGAGGUGCAAGGCCGUCUAUCGAUGGCCAAGACCCUUCCGAUGUGCCUCCAUCACCUUCUGCUCCGGUCGAUGACAAAGCCGACGUGAAACAGUCCCACCCCCUCGAAAACGAUGAACACGGAUCAAUCUCCCCUCGCGCAUCGAAGAAGCGCAAGAUCGAACCCGAAGAUGACGAUACGCCCUUCUCAACACAACCAACUCGGUUGCCACAUGACACAGCAGGGAAUCAAAUUGAGGAGGAGCUAGCCUCGGCGUUGGGCGCGGGCAUGGUCGACCCCAAUGAACGUCCGGCCGAUAAUGGCCCCAGCCAGAGUGAGAACUCUGCAGAGAGCGCCACGGCCCCUGGUACGGGCACUGACAUGGAUACGGAUAUGGCUACAGUGAUCUCAAGCAUUAUGAAUCAUGCCGAACGGGUCGAAGAACAGUGUGCAAUGGGAGAGCAGCAGCUGGGCGAGGACACGUCGAACCAGGAGGUUCCCAAGGGCGUGGUGUUUGUCAAGGCAAACUCUCACCUCAAGAUUCAGAGUCUUCCUAUCCUGGACAACUUGUCCACGCAAAUUCUAUCUCUGCUUGCCAAGUCUUCCUAUCAGGACAUUACCUCCCUCGUUUCCGAACCCGAAUCCGAGAAUGGACAAGCCUAUGCGACCAUGCGUUCCCUAUUCGACCACACAAAGAAGGUUUACUCGACCAAGAAAUCCUUCCUUUCGCCUGUGGAGCUUGAGCUCACAGAACCCGCCCAAGUUGAUGUCAUUCGAAAGGCGAACCUGGCCUCGUUCGUGUCGAGCAUCUUCGGCACCCAGGAGAUUGGCUUCUCCGAGCUGAACGAAAAUUUCAUCGACGUUUUUGUUCCGGAAGGUGGCCGUCUGCUCAAGGUCCAGGGUGCGUUGUUCCUGGAACUCAAGACCCAGGCAUUUAUCGCCUCGAUGAACAGCAAUGAAAGAACAAGAACCGAGAUCCUAUUUGAUUUGUUUCCCGAAGACCUCGAACAGCGUCUGAUGGAGAGACACACUGCGAAUCGCGCGUUGGCUCCAAGCGAAGCGGACUUUGCGAAGCGGGCAGCAUCUCGUCGUGAUAUCCUUCUUGCUGAUAUUAACAAUGAAGAAGCGCUCAAAGCUUUACCGGACAAGUACCACUGGGAGGAUUUCCUACGGGACUUGAGCUCUUAUAUUACCAAGAAUUUUGAUUCCAUAAGCCACCAGCAGACCAAAAAAGCAACCAAGGGGCGACAACCAUCCCAGUCAAGUGGAGAUGCACAAGAGAACCAGGGCGCUCCUCUGCAGAGUCAAUUUUCUGUUGCUCCACAGCCACCAGAUGUCCCCGUCGACAAGAAUAUGCAUGGUGACCUUGUUGCUCGUGCCGCUCGUGCGGCCCAGAUUGCCUUGCAAGGUCAUGGACUGAGACGCUCCCAACAACAGUCCCAGCAGCAACAACAGCAACAGCAACAGCCGCAACCACAAGCGCCACCGCAGCCACAACCACCACAGCCGGGCCAACAACCCCAGCCAUAUCACCCGCCACAGCAGAGCCAGCCUCAGCAGCAACCAGGACAGGUUCCUCCCAGCUAUUCUAUGCCGCCACCUCAACACUCCUAUUCACAAAGUCCAGUUCCACAGGGAUACCAGCCACAGCAACAACAUCAGCAACCGCCAGGACAAUUGACUUUCCAGCAAAGUCCUCUCCAGGCCAACUUCCAGCACUACAACCACGGCGCGCCCAUGUCCGGUCGGCCAACACCUGGCCCUGGCGCGCCUGCUAAUCAUGGUUACAUGCCUGGCAUCCCUCACUACUCUCAGUCUCAGCCUACGCAAGUGCUGUACGAGCGUGCUCGCAUGGCCGCAUCGGCGAAGUCAUCACCAAGUAGCCGCAAAUCCGGCUUACCAAGCCAACGGCGGCCGUGGACGACUGAGGAGGAAAAUGCCCUGAUGGCCGGCCUGGAUCGGGUCAAGGGACCACACUGGAGUCAGAUCCUUGCCAUGUUCGGUCCCGGAGGAACUAUCAGUGAAGCAUUGAAAGACCGCAACCAGGUCCAACUCAAGGACAAAGCUCGUAACCUCAAACUGUUCUUCCUGAAGAGCGGCAUCGAAGUCCCGUACUAUCUCAAGUUCGUCACAGGUGAACUGAAGACUCGUGCACCCGCUCAGGCAGCCAAGCGCGAAGCACGGGAGCGACAGAAGAAGCAGGGCGAAGAGGACAAAGCGCACGUCGAAGGAAUCAAGGGAAUGAUGGCCCUCGCGGGCGCACACUCUCAACCCGUUGCUAUCAAUCAUGGCCACGAAGCGACGAUGUCUGCGUCUCCUCUUCCUCCGAGUCACCACGACAAUCAGUUUGACCAGACCGCCGAACAGAAUCUCAUGCAAACUCUCGGUCAGGAGGUGCAUGGCGAGUCAUUCGGGCAGCCUCAACACCAUCAACAUCAGGAUCAACUCAACUCGGGAAUGCAUAUGGGACAGUAG